AUGCUGACCUUCCCUGUCCACCUGCUGUUGAUGGUGGUGUCCCUCCCCAUCGUCGUGACGACGCCUGAGACCAUCUCCCUAGACACCUGGAGCCCCCCCCCCGGCCCCCCCCCCGGCGGCCCCGGACGCCUCUUCAACCAGACUGCGGACAGCCUGUCGGAGCUGCCAGCUGUUUGCCAGAUGUUGCUGCAGUCCCCGGACCCGGUGUCCCCGGAGGACAUCCCGUGGUACUGUCUGUGCACACACUGCCAGAGCACCCAGGGGCCCAAGGGGGACCGAGGGGACCGGGGUCUUCCAGGUAGUCCGGGUAGUCCUGGCAGACGAGGCUGGACCGGGUCCAGAGGUCCUCCAGGCUUCGUGGGCAGAUCUGGGAUCAAAGGACAGAAAGGAGACGAGGGUGAGAAGGGACAACAUGGACCCCAGGGACUAGUGGGACGCAAAGGGGACCGAGGUUACAAAGGUGACAAAGGUGAUCAAGGUCUGGCGGGUCACCCAGGGGAUCAUGGUCCUAAAGGAGAUGAUGGAGUCUGUCCAGAUACCUGUGUGUCCAGCGAUGGACCACAAGGGCCCCCAGGUCUCCCUGGCCCUGCAGGAACCCGAGGUCUGCCAGGUACUCCAGGGGUUCUGGGGCCCAAAGGCAAUAAGGGUGAUGUGGGCAGUCUGGGUCCCCUUGGUGCCCCUGGACGUGUGGGGGAUAAGGGUGAUUUAGGGCCCCAGGGGGAGUGUAACUGUACCGAUGGAGAAGAUGGGAGUCCAGGUCAUAAGGGGGAAAUGGGAGCCAAGGGGGAACAAGGAGAUGGGGGGGCUGAGGGGAAAAUUGGGCUGCAAGGGGACCAGGGAGAUCCAGGGCAGAUUGGCAUGAGGGGUCCUCCUGGUCCCUGCAUGCCUAGUAUCCAGUCAGCCUUCUCUGCUGGGCUGACGACCAGUUACCCCCCCCCCGACAGGCCCGUGGUCUUCUCCCGCAUCAUCUCCAACGUCUACGACCAGUACGACCCCUCGACUGGGGUCUUCACCGCCCCCGUUAAUGGGACCUACGUCUUCAGCUACCACCUCACAGUCCACGAACGGGUCCUGAAGGUUGGACUCUUUUGUGAAUUCAGAGCGGUUGUUAUAACCACUGACACGAAGCUGCUAGGGACCACCUCGCACUCGGUUGUGCUUCACCUGGCCAAGUGGGAGAGGGUGUGGCUUCAGGUGAAGAAUGAGGCCACUAAUGGCAUGUUCGCCGGUUCUGAGACCAGCAGCACCUUCUCAGGCUUCUUACUCCAUCCAGAUAAAUGUGACAUGGGUUUUGGUAGAGACUUCAUGCCUCCGCCUCAAGUGGAUGAACCUUACCUCUGGAAAGAAAUGUCUGAGCCCAGCACCGCCAGUCCCCCCACUACACCUGCUGGUGGAGGAUCCGACUAA